GAACCUGCUGAAGCUGGUGUUCUCUCGGUGUUCCAGCUAUGGAAGCCUUGGAUUCAAAGCCUAAGUUCCUACCUGACUCCACCUGAUCCUCCACACGUCACUCUGUUCUACGACAGAAAUCACGCAGAUUGGUAUGAGGAAUCAUUUGCUGCAGAACUUGAAGGCCAGUGAAUUAGGAGGGAUGGUUAAGCGUUCCCUCCAGACUACUGAUUGGGCACCGACCAGCGUCCCAGGUUUGCUGUUUUCAAAUUCCACUAACACAUAUCAGAUUGUUUGUGAUGUCUCUGACAAAGUUCUUUUGAAACAUGAGCUUUUGACUCGACACCAUGGCAGGGAACGUACCGACCAUCAUAAAGCAGCAGAGAUGUUGGAUGCUCUCCCAUCACAACUCUGGGCAACCAGUCCCACGGAUGUGGGAUUAGUUUCAUGUGCUCCAGUUUCAUUUCAGGUUGCAACUGACUCUCCUAUUUGGGUGAAUCAGUAUCCACAUAAACCUCAAGCGGAGGAAGGCAUUGCUGAUACCAUCGCGGGCCUUUUGACAGCUGGAGUUUUAGAACCCUCUGUAUCAGCCUGGAACACACCCAUUUUGCCGGUGGAAAAGAAACAAACUGGUAAAUAUCGCAUGGCACAUGAUCUUAGAGCUGUAAAUUCUGUUUUGAAGACACCUACAAUCCCUGUACCUAACCCAUAUGUGGCCAUUUCCAGUUUGGAGCCCUCUCAGCAGUGGUACACAUGUAUCGACUUGGCGAACGCAUUUUUCUGUCUUCCUUUGGCUGAAGAAUGCAGAGACGUUUUUUCAUUCACUUAUAAAGGUCGCCAGCUGCGUUACACCAGACUGCCACAGGGAUUUGCCCUAUCACCAGGUAUUUUUAAUCAGGUUUUGAAAGAUGUUUUGCAGACAUGUCCUCUGCCAAGAAACACCACCCUUAUUCAGUACGUGGACGAUCUGCUGUUGGCUUCACCAACUGCUGAGAUCUGUCUUCAGGCUACAGAACUGGUUCUGAGACACCUCCAUGAACAUGGGUUUAAGGUCAGUAAGGAUAAACUGCAAAUUGCCAGAAAACAGGUUUCUUUCCUGGGCCGUGUCAUCUCCGCAGGAACAACCAGCAUGUCCUCCAGUCAUAAACAGAGCAUUUUGUCACAUCCUAAACCGCUGCGCGUGAAAGACAUGCUGUCUUUUCUGGGAUUAACUGGUUACAGCCGUAACUAUAUUCCCGGCUAUGCAGACCUGACGCAGCCUUUGAGGGACCUCGUGAAGGCGCAAGGUAUGAGAAAACUAAAUAAUGUUUUGAUUUGGACUCAGGAAGCGGAAGAAGCAUUUGUUCUGCUUAAACAACGACUUGCAUCUGCUGCUGAAUUGACUCUUCCAGACUACUCUAUCCCAUUUUUUCUUGAUGUUUCUGCAACCAGAUUUGCUUUAAAUGGCAUCUUGUUUCAGAGAAGAACAGGUGAGAGAAAAAUUUUGAUGUAUAUAUCGGUCAUGUUGGAUAACGUGGAAAAACGUCACCCCCAAUGUACACAAUAUGCAGCAGCAAUAGCCAGAAUGAUUCAAAAGACUGCACAUUUAGUCAUGGGACACAGUCUAACCAUUUUGACAACUCACAGUGUUGUGGCUUAUGUGAAUUCACAAAGCUUCACUAUGACUGCACUCAGACAACACAGGCUGUCCAAAAUUUUGGAAGCACCCAACAUCACAUUUACACAUGAAGGUGUGAACAUGGCAGAUGGCAUGACGGAUGGCGAACCUCAUCAAUGUGAAGAAUUGGUUUCCAGGAUGGAGAAGGUGAGACCAGAUCUAGAGGCUAGUCCUAUUGAAGGCCCACAGGUGAGACAGUUGUUCACAGAUGGCUGUUGUUUCAGACAUGAAGGUGAAGGACUCAGGGCAGCCUAUUCUGUUGUUGAACGAAUAGGCUCAGGAUUUGUAACAAGGAAGGCAGAAAGGUUACAAGGACCUCAGUCAGCGCAGAGAGCAGAGCUAGUAGCAGUGAUUGAGGCAUUAAAGUUGUCAGAACAACAGGAGGUAAAUGUAUAUUCAGAUUCAGCAUAUGCCACAGGUGCAGUUCAUGUGGAGUUAUGUCAGUGGUUGAGAGCAGGAUUUUUGACAGCGGGGGGUAAACCUAUAAAACACGAGAUGGAAAUGAGAGAGCUGGCCGAUGCUUUGUUAUUACCGGCCAGAAUUGCCGUGAUAAAGUGCAAAGGACAUGAUAACAGUAAUUCAGCCAUUGCAUUAGGGAAUCAGGCUGCAGACCAGGCUGCCAAAGCAGCCGCUGGAUAUGCGCCUCAGAUGAUGAUGGUGACGGUGGAAGAUGAGCUGAGAGAAGAGUUGAGCAUGAGUAACAUUAAACUGUUGCAGAGCAGAGCAGCUCCGGAGGAGAAGAAUAUGUGGAGGCUCAGAGGAGCCUCAGAGCAGGAAGGUUGCUGGAGAGGGCCAGAUGGCAGACUGGUUUUUCCUCCAGGUUUGAAACAGAAGCUUUUUUCUGAGGCACAUGGUGUUGGACAUGUGGGUGUCAGACAGAUGAUGGACAACCUGAACCAUUGGUGGCAUCCAUUUAUGUCAGAUAUGGUCAAACAUUUUGUAAAAAGUUGUUCACUGUGUGGGCAAUUUAACUCAAAGAAGACUUUGAAACCUUUGCAGGGCAGAUUUCCUUUGAUCACAGUUCCUGGGAAGGAAGUGAUUCUUGAUUAUACGGACAUGGUGACCCCUGCUGGUGGUUUUAAGUAUUUGUUGGUGUGUGUGGACGCUUUUACAGGAUGGCCAGAGGCCUGGCCUGCUAGAAGAGAGGACAGCAAAACUGUGAUAAAAUGCCUCAUUAACCAUUACAUUCCCAGGCACGGGUUCCCUGAAAAGAUCAGGACUGACAAUGGAACCCACUUCAAGAACCAGGACCUGCAACGAGUGGAGUCCAGUUUAGGGCUCACACACAGGUUUGGCACUGUGUAUCGCCCCCAGUCGCAGGGCAAAGUGGAGAGAAUGAACCUGAACUUGAAGAAUAAGUUGGCUAAAAUCUGUGCGCAAACGAAACUAUCAUGGGUUGAUGCCUUGCCUCUCGCUCUGAUGUCAAUCAGGUCUUCGGUUAAUUCAACCACAGGAUUUACUCCUUACGAGCUGGAGACGGGAAGAAGCUUUCCUGGGCCCCAACGUCGACCACCGGGAACUGCAGACGACCUGCAGAGUCUGACAAGUAAGGAGUACUUCUCACAGUUGCAGGCUGUGCUGGAGGCGUACACCAAGAUCCGUGGACAUCCCAAGGAAGGAGAAAGAGGAACGCCACCUCCGGACGUCGACUGGGUUUGGCUCAAGGUCAUCAAAAGAAAGUGGUCAGAGCCGAGGUUUACGGGACCCUUCAAGGUGAUCGAGAGAACCUCACAUGCGGUGAGGUUGGGAGGAAAAGGUAAUACGUGGUUUCAUUGGAGCCAGUGUGCACCAGCAGCAGAACCUCAGAGGUCGUUGACGGAGGUUCAGGAGGUUUAAAGGAGCGGAUCAGCUGAUUGGGCUCAGUCAGCUGUGCAUAGAACCAGACUCAGGGUCAGAAUAAAGCCCUCUGGUUCUUGACACCACAGGCAGUCUACCUGUGUGUUGAAGUUCCUGCCUGCAGAUUCAUCACGUUGUAUUGAGUGGCUGUGGGACGCCACCCUUCUUCUACGAACGUCUGAAAGAAAGAAGUUGAUGUCAUUGUAAAAAAAAAAAAAAAACGAAAACCUUGUAAUCAUUUGUGGUUUUAUAUGCUUUUUAUCUUUCUAGCUUUAAAUAUAACAGAUGUUUUGAUCUACUUUUUACAAUAUUUUUUGAUUUUAUAUUUCUAUAAUAUUUGACUUGUUUGGACUGGUACACAGUCAUUAGGUUACAUUUGCCGGUGAAGGACCUUUGUGGUAAGCUGGUAAUAGUUUUAGGAUUUGUUUGAUCUUACAAGGGGGUUGUUUUUGUUUCAUUUUUUGUCAUAACCUUCUUUUUCAGGUGUGGGGGCCAGUGUACCCUUGGUCUAUAGAUUCUCCUUUUUAAAAUAUAUUUUUUAGGAUAUUCCGGUUUUUGUAUGAAGUUAAACAUGGGGCAGAAAUUGGGUACUGGAUUGGUUCAGCGGCAGCUGACGUUGGGUUUAUGGGUUUUACUUCUUAUGUUGUGCAUGCUUGUUUUCAGCAUUGUUAUUCGAGGAGCAGGUGCUGCUGAUCCUAUCAGGCGUCAGGAGCGGGCCAUUCAGGAUACAGAUGAUUGUCUGACUCAACAUCGUGGUAUUGAACUGCAUUACACUUUGGGUACAAGGGUUGUAUUUGAAUUCGAUUUAUGCUCAGUGGUAGAUUGUGGUAGUGACCCAUCAGUCUGGCAGGACUCUGAUGUUUAUGCUUGUGUGUCUCCGAAGGGUAUUCCAGAACCUCCUUCUCGUUGGUGUUACUACUGGGUUUAUAUGAGAUGGCAUACCGGAAAUAAGGCUGUUCCGGUUCGCCAUGGUGGGUUUGAUAAAUUAUUACAAGAGGCAUUAACCAUUACUAGAGGUUCUCAUCGGGUGGAACCAGGUGUUAAUCCUAUUAUCCUGACCAUUUCUGGGUUGAACAUUAAUCCUUAUUUUGGGGCAUACACUGGGGUUUAUUCUGCAUUUAAUAGUGGAGUUAGUAAGCCCAAACCUUGUAGUAUUAGUCCGUCAGGCUUUUAUCUUGUUCUUGGAGCAGGUUCACCGAAUGACGGUCCUGUUGGUUUGCUUAAACUUUCUCUACAUCAUGCGACUACUUCUGGUGAACUGAUUAGUUCACCAGA